AUGUCAGAAAUACCAUCUGAUAUUACGUAUGACAUACUAAAGUACUUACCUGUUAAGUCUCUUCUUCGCUUUAGGUGCUUAUCAAAAGCAUAUUGUUCUUUAAUUGACAGCCGCGAUUUCAUAAACUUUCAUCUCUCGAAUUCUAAAAAUACAAACACCAAUCGUAGCCUCAUCAUUGCUCAAACGGACUUACAACCGUGUAGAUGGCGAAACAAUAAAACCUAUACGAUGAAUUUAGAUUGUCCGGACCACCAGCUAGUAGAAUUUGAACAUAUUUUCUCUGUGUUUCAGGGUAUUGAACCUAAUUAUGAUGAUCACUUGAGAAAUCUUGUUAUAUUUGGUUCUUGCAAUGGCUUGAUCGCAUUGUACCAUCCUGAUCAAGGCAUGUCACUAUGGAAUCCAUCAACCAAAAAGCAACAAAAGCUACCUAAUUUUUGGGGAUCGGAUCGUAAAAUUCGUAGCUCUGAUUAUCUUCUUGAUGGAUUCGGCUAUGAUCCUGUAAGCGACGAUUACAAGGUCAUCAGGAUCCGGACAAUCAACAACAAGAGUCGAAAUCGAUCUAGAGUUAUGGUUUAUAGCGUAAAACAUAAUUUUUCUAGAAGGAUCCAAGACUUCCCUUAUAAAGUACGUGGGGAUGAUAAAAGAAAUUGGGGUACUCUUGUUGGCUCUUGUUUGCACUGGAUUGUUUCGGAACCAGAUGAUAUUAAAGAUCGGCUGAUCGUUUCUUUCAAUUUGGAAGACGAAAGAUUUCGUGCAGUGCCGAUUCCUGAUGUAUUAAAGCAUGAGGAAUAUUUGCUUGUAGAAUUAGGGGAAGUGGGAGGAUGCCUCAGUAUGAGCACCGAUGACGAACGUGAGUUUCUAGUUGAGAUUUGGGUGAUGAAGGAAUAUGGAAUUAUUGAAUCAUGGAUUAGAAUAUUCUCCACAUACAAACCGAAUCUAUGUUUGAAAAGUUUAUUAACAUCACAUGUUAAGCCUAUAGGGUAUUCAAAAACUGGCGAUAAACUCUUAUUGGAUGUUAAUAGCUGUAACUUAUUCGACUAUGACCUAAAAGAGGAGGAGGAGAAUCAAACAUCUCCGUAUGAGCCCGACAAACGCAUUCGGAGAAUUGAGAUAUUAGGAGGUUGGAUCAAAUGGGAUUAUUCAUUUAUAUGCGUAAGAAGCCUUGUUCCUGUCAAUCUCAAUCCUAAUUAAUUAUGAGCAAUUUUUUUCUUUUUAGUUAA